UCAAAGUGCGCGGACGUGCUUCGCGUCGCGGUGGAAUUAUUUGUUUUUCUUGCUGUGCGCAUUUAACUUAAAUGAAAAUCAACUGCAUAUAUAAAACGAAACAAUUGUUACAACAUAUAAAAGUUGUAUAAAUAAACACAAACGCCAAGAGUGAACGUUUGCCCAGUGAACGCGAUAUUGUUGCUCAACCUUGUACAGUUUGUACUUGUGGUUUUUUAAGUGUGCGCAAGUUAAAGUGUGUGUUUAGUUGUUGUUUUAAAACAAUAGCGUAUUUGUUUAUAUCAUAUUUCUAAACAAAUAUACACCGCAAAAGCAACAGCAAUAAUAAAGAUUUCACUUUUAUAAAGAACGCACAAAGCGCAGAAGCUAAAGACUGCAACAACACUGCGCCCCAAACACACACACACACAAACAACAAACGACAACGAGUUUUGGAGACCAGCAAGUGACGUGUGUGAGAGAGAGAGAGUGAGAGAGCGUAGUCGCCCCCUCUUUUGAUUGGAACGAGUACGUACAGGCGAGCACAAAAAACAAAAGUUUUGGCGCCAAAAGUUUGACGUUUCGCUUAUUGCGUGAGAUUCGCAAACAAGUGGCCAAAGCAUAGGCAACAAAACUGCGUCGCGCAGCGCAGUUCAAAACAAAAAGAAGAGACAAAUAAAAAACAACGAAAAUUUAAAGCACACAGGCCAUGGUCAGUGCAAGGGUAUUAAAUCCAGUGGUGCGCAGCGAGUUCUGCAAGAUGAGCGCCAGCCCAGCAAUGGGCCGCAGCUCGCCCUGUGGACGGCAAUUGGAUCGCAUCAAGCGCAAUCUGUUUGGCACUUCGCAUACAGAGCUGGCGGAAACCAAAACCAAUACGUUCAGUCCCGAUUUGGAGCUGGCUACGCGUAAAUGGGGCUUUGAUUUUCGCGCUGGCCGUCCGCUGGCCGCUAGCCCCAGCUACAUUUGGGAGCGCGUCAGCACGCAAGAGUCCAACUUUGCACCACAGAUGUAUACGCUAACACGCGCUGCCCAUGUGCGUCCAGCUGUAGGCGCUGCCAUCACGCCCAGUGUAAUGGAUGCGCUGCUGAACGAACGCGCCGAUCGUGAGAACUUGGCCAACUCAUCGCUGGACUCGAACACAGACACAGAGUAUGACUCACAGGAUGAGUCGCUGCCACUGCAUAGCUCGGCCUCAACCUCUGCCGCUGCUGCAGCAGCUUUAGCCGCCUCCGCCGCCGUCGCCGCCAACAGCGCCUGCAAACGUCAACUCAAAAUUACAGAGUUCAUGAAGGAGCGCAAGCGACUGGCGCAGGCGCCCAAGAAACUUUCACCCGCCAAACGCAUGCGCAGCAGUCUCAACUCCAGCAGCAGCAGCAGCAGCAUCAUUACCCGCUCCAGUUCCAGUGCCAGCAGCUCCAGCCUAGAAACACAAUUAGGCUAUAUGCUUAAGCGAACUCGUCAUAACUAAAUUUAAACACACCCAUUGAACUCAUUUGCAAUUUAUACUUCUAUUUUUACAUUUUUUAUUGCCACACACACGCAACAAUUUUUUAAUACACAUUCUCUCAACUAACUGGGCUAGUAUUCUAAGUAGUCUAAAGUUAUAUAAUUAUAUCAUUUAAUUUAGUUUAAGUACUUCAUUGUGCAGUGCAAGGGCGAAAGUUGCGAAUAUUAACUGUUAGUCGUUUAGUUUACGCUAGUUAAACCAUUUAUAUCACAAAUUGUAACUUCAAAACCCCCAAGCCUAACAGUCUAAGCGAGCUAUAUGAAACUUUUUAGAUUUCUCUAGUGAGAAAUGCCAUAAACUAAGUGAUUAGUUCUUAACAACAAUUACGAACAGCUAGUAGCAACUAAGUGAGACAUUUUUUGAAAUACUAUUAACUAUGAAAUUUAUAAACAAAUUGUACAAAACGAAAAUUUUUGCACGCAAGCAAGACUUGCUUCAAAAAUUUAUAUGCACCCACCCAACACAACUGUAUGCAGCAUUGUCUAAACAAUUUAUUUAUAAAUUUAAUGCUGCAUACACUUUUGUUGCCAAUUUUACAUUUCAACAACUUGUCACUAAAACUAACAACAAUGUGCUAACUUUUUAAGCUCAUUGUUGUUUCAUGUUUUAGCGACUAGUGACUAACGUUGUCCUUAUUACCACGACCAGUGCAUCAGUCUAAACCUUUAAGUAUAUAACAUAACUGUAUGCGCUUUUGUUAAUGCUUCUAUGUAAGCGUUAAUCAAACUGCAUAAAUUUAUUAACUUGUAUAUUGCUUCGAUUGUUUGCCAAAUUAUUUGGCAAGUGUUGAAAUCAAUUUCUCAACUAUCCCAUGUACAAAUGCUAUUUAUAUUUGUAGUACUUUAGUAUAUAAGCUUAGGCAGAGCCUAUAAAUAUUGAAUAACAUUUACACACACACACAAACAAAAACGAAACACUUGUAAAAUCGAUUGUAUUUUUUUUAUAAGCCUAACAUAGAACAAAACAUCCAAAGU